CCGGACUGCGGCGCUGGGGUUGCCGCAGUAUCUCGGUCGUCGCUUCCUCGCCUCCAGCCUCUUGUGGCAGGACGGGCCUGGGAGAGAGGCGUCCUGCGCCUCCACCCCUCCCCACUUCGCGAUCCCGGGGCGGGGGGGGGGGGGUUCCAGGCGGUCGCCGAGGGCCGCGUGAGUGCGGCCCGGCUGGGCGGCGGCUGGAGGAGCCGGGGUUGUUUGGGCGGGAGGGGGGCCGCGGGGAGGGGCCCGCGUCUCCGCGGGAUCGCGACCGAGGCUCGGCCCGACACCCUUUUCCCGCCUCCCUCCCGCGCUCUCGCCUCACUACGCGUUUUGUCUUGAGAAAGUUGGGAUGCUUUGGGUAGGAACCGGAGGAAGCAAGGCUCACCGCGGGGUUUUGGAAGCAUCGCAGAGUAUUAGGAGCCCUGGAGACGAGCUGCUGGGGUCCGAGUCUCCACCAUUCGCUGGCUCCCGGACCUCUGCAAGUCACUUAACUUCUGUGUGUCUGUUUCCUCAAGGGUAAAAUGAGGGAAGUAAUAGUAACCUCUCUCAAAAGGUGAUUGUUGAGAAUCAAGUGUGAUAGCAUCUUUGAAGUGCUUAGAGCCGAGCCUGAUGCACAGCAAAAGUAUGCACGUGCUGUUCAUGUUUUGGAGCCUGAUAACUAAAAGGACAGUGUGUCCUUCCCACGCUGAAAACAACUGCCCGAGAGAGAGUCCAAGGUAACUAACAGAUGCGGGUGAAAGAACCUUCCAAAGCUUUACCCGAGAAAGCAAAAAGAAGUAAAAGGCCUGCUAUACCUCGUGAUGAAGACUCUUCAGACGACAUUGCUGUAUGAUAUUAAAACCAGGAAGAUGACGUCACUACAAUCCUUAGAGCUUCUUCUGAUUUCACCAGAUCUACAAGUCCUCAUAUUAGGUUUCACUUGCCCACAUGUAAAUCUUGCCAUCAGUGUGAAUCAUGUGAAGAAAGCAAUAGCUGAGAAUGUGUGGUCAGUUUGCUCCGACUGUUUAAGGGAAAGAAGAUUCUGUGAUGGGCAGCCAGUACUUUCCUCUGACAUUUGGUUGUGCCUCAAGUGUGGUUUUCAGGGAUGCGGUAGAAACUCAGAAAGCCAUCAUUCAGUGAAGCACUACAAGAAUCAGAGAACAGAAUCUCAUUGUAUUACAAUUAGUCUGAGCACAUGGAUUAUAUGGUGUUACGAAUGUGAUGAAAAAUUAUCAACACACUGUAAUAAGAAGGUUUUGGCUCAAACAGUUGAUUUUCUCCAGAAACAUGUUUCUAAAACACAAACAAGUGCAUUCUCUAGAAUCUUAAAACUUUGUGAAGAAAAAUAUGAAGCAGGUGAAAAAAAGAAAGGAAGAAAAGGCAACAGUGUAACACCUGUGAAAGGAAUUACAAAUUUAGGAAAUACUUGCUUUUUCAAUGCAGUCAUGCAGAACUUGGCACAAUCUUAUAUUCUUUCAGAACUGAUGAAUGAGAGCAAAGAAAAUGGUACAAAACUCAAGAUUUUUCCUUCCUCAGACUCUCACCUGGACCCAUUAAUGGUGGAACUUUCAAGCCCUGGACCAUUGACCUCAGCCCUGUUCCUGUUUCUUCAUAGCAUGAAGGAGACUGAAAAAGGACCACUUUCUCCUAAAGUUCUUUUUAAUCAGCUUUGUCAGAAGGCCCCUCGAUUUAAAGGUUUCCAGCAACAGGACAGUCAGGAGCUACUGCAUUAUCUGCUGGAUGCAGUGAGAACAGAAGAAACAAAGAGAAUACAAGCUGGCAUCCUAAAAGCAUUUAACAACCCAACUACUAAAACUGCUGAUGAUGAUACUAAAAAAAAGGUCAAAGCAUAUGGAAGAGAAGGUGUGAAAAUGAACUUCAUAGAUCGGAUCUUUAUUGGUGAAUUAACUAGCACAGUCAUGUGUGAAGAAUGUGCAAAUAUCUCCACAGUGAAAGAUCCUUUUAUUGAUAUUUCACUUCCUAUAAUAGAAGAAAGGGUUUCAAAACCUGUACUUUUGGGAAGAAUGAAUAAAUGUAGAAGUUUACAGGCAACAGAUACUGGUCAGUACAGUGACACUGUUACUAUAGAAAAUGUUCAGCAACCCAGAGCCACCAAGAACCAGUCUUCAUCUAAAGAUAAGAAUCAACUAGUUCACGGCAGAAAAUGUGUAAGAAAAUUACCAUCUGGAGAAGAUAGAGUGGCCGUCAUAUGCCGAGAAUAUGAAAACCCUGGGAUGAGCGGAGAUUCCUCAGUGUGUGCAGGCGUCGUGAGUACUGAGGCAGCUCUGGCCGAAAGCCCUACUGAUGGCAGCGAAAAAGAAGCCAGCCCUUCCGAAAGUAGUGCUGAUGCUGACAGUGAGGCUUCAGAAUCGGAAAGUACUUCUCAGCAGGCUGUCCUGUUGAGGUCUAGAAGUGGAUGCUGUGCGCACAAAAAUGGACCCCCUCCCCAGCGGCCACUCACCAAGGAGACUGGCAGCGGUGACGAGGGAGUGGCUGAAGCUAUUUCUGAACUGUAUUUGAGCAGCACUGUAACUGGAGAUAGAGAUCUUGACAGAGAAAAUAAGCCACCAGAUGUUCCAAAUAAUUUGUGUUCAUCACAGGAGAAGUAUGUGUUGUCUCCUAGCCCCCAAAAGGCUUUUCUUUCCCUUUCUCAGAGCUAUAUAACUACUUCUAAAGAAUGCUCAGUUCAGUCCUGUCUCUACCAGUUUACAUCUAUGGAAUUACUAAUGGGGAAUAACAAGCUUCUAUGUGAGAAUUGUACUGAAAAGAAACAGAAGUACCAAAAGGAAACCAUUUCUGCAGAAAAGAAAGCAGAAGGGGUUUAUACUAAUGCCAGGAAGCAAUUGCUCAUUUCUGCUAUUCCAGCAAACCUAAUUCUCCAUCUUAAAAGAUUCCAUCAGGCUGGCUUGAAUCUUCGAAAAGUAAACAGACAUGUUGAUUUUCCACUUAUUCUUGAUUUGGCACCAUUCUGUUCUGCUACUUGUAAGAAUGUAAAUGUGGGAGAUAAAGUUCUCUAUGGUCUCUAUGGCGUAGUGGAACACAGUGGCUCAAUGAGAGGAGGUCACUACACGGCUUAUGUGAAAGUGAGAGCACCCUCCAGGAAAUUAUUGGAGCAUAUCACUGGAAAGAAAAAUGUACCUGAUUUGAAAGAACCUGACAGUGAAUCGGCAGACCAGUGGGUCCAUGUUAGUGACACUUAUGUGCAAGUGGUUCCAGAAUCAAGAGCACUUAGUGCACAAGCAUACCUUCUUUUUUAUGAAAGAAUAUUAUAAUUAUUUGUUAAUAAUUAAUGGUAAUGAUUAUUUAGAUCACUUUUGUUCAAAUGCUGCAAUGAUAACAUAAUAUGCAAUGUGCCUUUGUAGUCUUUUCUGUAGGAUUAGCAUGUCCCUCAAAUGCCCUUGGAGAUUUUUACCAUUUCUGGCAAAUCCUUUUAAAGUAAAUUAAAUUUACUCAGUGCUUUCAUAUGUAUAUUCUUAAAAUAAAUGUGAACACAUGUUUUUAAAGAAAAAUUUGUCCUGGAAAAAAACCAGAAUCUGCAGUAUUAGAGGAAACCCCCUUAUAAUGUGGCUUAUUACUCUGAGAAUUCAGAAAUAAUGCUGGCCAAUCAAAUUGUUCCUUAAAACAGUGUUUACCAAAUGUUAGUCACAUACCAUUUCAUCUGUAUGUACUGUUUACUGGUUAUUUUUAACCUUAUUAUUUAGCGUUACAUUUUUAAACAUAGCCUUGUUUUGAGCGUAUUCCCCAUUCUAUGUGCUAGUUUUGUUUUUUCUAAUAAGCAUUAAAAUAAAUACAUAACUACUGAAGAAAAAUUGUUCAUUCAUGUAGCACUCCACUGAAAAUCACCUCAGGGCUGUCUAGCCAUGUAUGUAUACCACUAUGUGGGAAACAUUGCUAUAACAUACACUUACACAGUAGGCAUAGUGACCUCGUCUUAUUUUGUGUGGUUCAACCAUUUAAAGAUCCCACAGUAGCUUCAGUAAUAGGGGUUUACAAAUAAAUUCUUGAUUAGCUUAUUGAAAAUAUUGAAAGAUAUCAACAUAUUAUUUGCAGCCUAUUCAUGAUGGAGUUAAGGAAAAUUUGCAUAUAAUUAGCCAAGGUCAAAAUGUAAUUGAUCAUUGUAACAUGCAGAAUUGGUAAAUAGAAGUUUUUAAUCCAUAUGGGAUCAUUGGAUGCUUUUGAAAUAUAAAUUACCAAAUUAUAUUUGUAAAUGAUAGAGAAUUAUAUUGUCAUUAUACUUGACGGGAAUAUAAUACAUUUUCUAGUUCUGUAGGUCAGUAAGUAUUAAUCGUGGUUUUGGGUUUGAGAUCACUUUUCUUUGUCUUCAACAAGCAUCAUUAAUAAAUUCAAGUGAGGUUAGCUUUUAUUGUAAUGGGGUAUAAAGUUGGCAUUUCAGAUUUUAAAUAAAUAAUAGCAAAAAUGUGGUAGUUCACCCUCCACCCCAGAAUACAAGUUAUUAAGCUGUCAAAACUUGGUAUGAAAAUAUUACUAUUACUUAUUAGACUUAAGAUUUUAAAAAGUAAUGGCCACUCGGGUCUGACAUUACUGAAUCAAAAUACAUAACUGCAUGGUUCAAGCAUCCUAAUUAUUAGUGCCAACAAAUCAUACUACAGGCAGCUACUGGCUAAGUGCCUAGUUCUAGUUCACUCUCCUCUUGGGAAGGAAGGAUAGGAAUAGUAGCUGUAGAUUAUGUGUGGAAAUAUUUAACCAAGCCUCUGCCCCUUCUUAACAUUUAAGUAUGUAGAACAUUAUCAAGUUCACCGGUGCUGCCUUUUCAUAUGUAAAUGAGUGGAACUGUGAUUAGUGUUAAAGAUGGUAAUAAUAUACAAAACUCAGAGCUUAAAAAUGUCAUUGCACAAAUUCUAUUUUUUGGGCAUUGAAGUUCCAGUAGUAGUAUUUUCUUGAUUUUUAACUUGAAAUGAUGGAGAAAUAUAGCUUUAUGAAUUAAUCUGCAAACUCAUGUUGUGUCCUGUAAAAAUCAGUUUAUACUGUCUAAAUUAAACAGAGUUUUAUGUUUAAUCGUAAUCCAUUAACAUUGAAGUUUUCAGUACCAGAGCAGUGAAUUUUUUUGUGGAAAAUAUGUGUUAAAUCUCUUUAUUCAAGUUAGCCAUACUGGUAAUGACAAUUACUAUCCCUUCCCCCAAAAGUAAAGAUACCAUUAUGAGGCAUAUGUUUUCCAUUAGGUGGUCACUAGCUUCUUGUUUCAUUGACAGAGAGAUAGACAAGAGAAAAGGAGAGAAAGAAAGAAGGAAAGAAAGAUAAAAAGGAAGAGAAA